AGCCAAUGGAGAGCAGAGGCGUUUCCGCCUCCGCCAAUGGAUCACCGACUAAGGCGGGCCCUGAGAAACCGCCCUAGUAACGGCCGCAUGGUAACCCAGGCGCCGGGUGUGGGCAACUCGCUUUUAGUUUUGCAUUCAGGUCUUGAUUCCGGACGUCUGCAAGAUGAAGAUUGAAGAAGUGAAGAGCACCACGAAGACGCAGCGCAUCGCCUCUCACAGCCACGUGAAGGGGCUGGGGCUGGACGAAAGCGGCCUGGCCAAGCAAGCGGCCUCGGGGCUCGUGGGCCAGGAGAACGCGCGAGAGGCAUGUGGAGUGAUAGUAGAAUUAAUCAGAAGCAAGAAAAUGGCUGGAAGAGCUGUCUUGUUGGCAGGACCUCCUGGAACUGGCAAGACAGCUCUAGCUCUGGCUAUUGCUCAGGAGCUGGGUAGUAAGGUGCCUUUCUGCCCCAUGGUGGGGAGUGAAGUUUAUUCUACGGAGAUCAAGAAGACAGAAGUGCUGAUGGAGAAUUUCCGCAGGGCCAUUGGGCUGCGGAUAAAGGAGACCAAGGAGGUUUAUGAAGGCGAAGUCACAGAGCUAACUCCGUGUGAGACAGAGAAUCCCAUGGGGGGGUAUGGCAAAACCAUUAGCCAUGUAAUCAUAGGACUCAAAACAGCCAAAGGAACCAAACAAUUGAAACUGGACCCCAGCAUUUUUGAAAGUUUGCAAAAAGAACGAGUAGAGGCUGGAGAUGUGAUUUACAUUGAAGCCAACAGUGGAGCCGUGAAGAGGCAGGGCAGGUGUGAUACCUAUGCCACAGAAUUCGACCUUGAAGCUGAAGAGUAUGUCCCCUUGCCAAAGGGGGAUGUGCACAAGAAGAAAGAAAUCAUCCAGGAUGUGACCUUGCAUGACUUGGACGUGGCCAAUGCUCGGCCCCAGGGGGGACAAGACAUCCUAUCUAUGAUGGGCCAGUUAAUGAAGCCAAAGAAGACAGAAAUCACAGAUAAACUUCGAGGGGAGAUUAACAAGGUGGUGAACAAAUACAUUGAUCAGGGCAUUGCUGAGCUGGUUCCAGGCGUGCUCUUCGUUGAUGAGGUCCACAUGCUGGACAUCGAGUGCUUCACCUACCUGCACCGGGCCCUGGAGUCUUCUAUUGCCCCCAUCGUCAUCUUUGCAUCCAACCGCGGCAACUGUGUCAUCAGGGGCACUGAGGACAUCACCUCUCCUCACGGCAUCCCUCUCGACCUUCUGGACCGAGUGAUGAUCAUCCGGACCAUGCUCUACACACCGCAGGAAAUGAAACAGAUCAUUAAAAUCCGUGCCCAGACAGAGGGAAUCAACAUCAGUGAGGAGGCGUUGAACCACCUGGGGGAGAUUGGUACCAAGACUACCCUGAGGUACUCGGUGCAGCUGCUGACCCCGGCCAACUUGCUCGCUAAGAUCAACGGGAAGGACAGCAUCGAGAAAGAGCAUGUCGAGGAGAUCAGUGAGCUCUUCUAUGAUGCCAAGUCAUCGGCCAAAAUCCUGGCUGACCAGCAGGAUAAGUACAUGAAGUGAGCCAGCUGAGGUUUUCUGCAGACAUUCCUGGGCAUACCUGGACCCAGGUCCAGCCUGUGAACACAGGGCUUUCCCCUGGGCUUGGCUUUGUCCCCACUUGGGCGCAGUUAGCAUCAUUGUCAGUUCAGUGUGGGAAGUAUUUCUAAAUUAUCUUAGUUUCUCCCCUGGUUGCUUUGACAGAACCCUGCCUCACCUGGUGUGUUUUCUAAUAAACUCUUAUAGGUUACUUUGA